UAUGGGACUAGGGGCGGCCGCACGGCCGCGGCGGGACGGGGCGAGCGCGCGGCCCCCGCCGGCUGCCCGAGCAGCGGCCGCUUCAGUGACUCGGCCCGCCGCCCCCCGCCCGGCGCGCCUCAGCUUGUGCUCACGCCGAGCGGCGGGAGCCGCCGCGCGCUGAGAGGCGCUGCCCGCGGCCGGAGUCGGAGCGGGGGAGAGCGGGCGGGCGAGCGGGCGAGCGCGGCGGGGAGAUGUGCCCGGAGGAGGGCGGCGCGGCCGGGCUGGGCGAGCUCCGCUCCUGGUGGGAAGUCCCGGCCAUCGCGCACUUCUGCUCGCUCUUUCGCACGGCGUUCCGCCUGCCCGACUUCGAGAUUGAGGAGUUAGAGGCAGCUCUUCACAGAGAUGACUCGGAGUUUAUCAGUGAUCUGAUUGCCUGCCUGCUUCAGGGCUGCUAUCAGCGAAGGGAUAUAACGCCUCAGACAUUCCACAGCUACCUGGAAGAUAUCAUUAACUAUCGUUGGGAGCUUGAAGAAGGAAAGCCCAACCCUCUGAGAGAAGCCAGUUUUCAAGACCUUCCCCUGCGCACUCGGGUAGAGAUCCUCCAUCGCCUAUGUGAUUACCGGCUAGAUGCAGAUGAUGUCUUUGAUCUUCUCAAGGGUCUGGAUGCGGAUAGUCUCCGAGUGGAGCCUUUGGGUGAAGACAAUUCAGGUGCACUCUACUGGUACUUCUAUGGGACACGGAUGUACAAAGAAGACCCAGUACAAGGAAGGUCCAAUGGAGAACUCUCCUUGAGCAGGGAAAGUGAAAGACAAAAAAAUGUCUCGAAUGUUCCUGGAAAAACAGGCAAAAGAAGAGGAAGACCUCCAAAACGGAAAAAAGUACAAGAGGAAAUUAUAUCAAGUGAAAAGCAGGAAGAAAACGCUUUGGCAUCUGACCUACUGACAAGAAAUGGGUCCCGAGGGCCAGGCCAAGGUACCUGGUGGCUCCUCUGUCAAACAGAAGAAGAAUGGAGACAGGUCACUGAGAGCUUCCGAGAGAGGACCUCUCUUCGAGAGCGGCAACUCUACAAGCUCCUCAGCGAGGACUUCCUGCCUGAAAUCUGCAACAUGAUUGCCCAGAAGGGAAAACGUCCACAACGCACAAAGCCAGAGUUGCAACAUAGGUUUAUGUCUGACCACCUGUCCAUCAAAUCCAUCAAGCUAGAGGAGACUCCCAUGCUCACCAAGAUAGAAAAACAGAAGCGCAAGGAGGAAGAGGAAGAACGGCAGCUCCUACUGGCAGUGCAGAAGAAGGAGCAAGAGCAGAUGUUGAAAGAGGAGAGAAAGCGGGAAUUGGAGGAAAAGGUCAAGGCAGUGGAAGAUCGAGCUAAGAGAAGAAAGCUCAGGGAAGAGCGGGCAUGGCUGUUGGCUCAAGGCAAGGAGCUACCCCCAGAACUUUCCCAUUUGGACCCGAAUUCUCCUAUGAGGGAAGAGAAGAAGACCAAGGACCUCUUUGAGCUGGACGACGAUUUCACUGCCAUGUAUAAAGUUCUAGAUGUGGUAAAGGCUCACAAGGAUUCCUGGCCUUUCUUGGAACCUGUGGAUGAAUCUUAUGCCCCAAACUAUUACCAGAUUAUUAAGAUCCCCAUGGAUAUUUCAAGCAUGGAGAAGAAAUUAAAUGCAGGUUUAUAUUGUACCAAGGAGGAAUUUGUAAAUGACAUGAAGACCAUGUUCAGGAAUUGUCGAAAAUACAAUGGGGACAGUAGUGAGUAUACCAAGAUGUCUGAUAAUUUGGAGCGGUGUUUCCAUCGGGCCAUGACAAAGCAUUUCCCUGGUGAAGAUGGAGACACGGAUGAGGAAUUUUGGGUCAGAGAGGAUGAAAAACGGGAAAAAAGAAGGAGUCGAGCUGGUCGAAGUAGUGGAAGCCAUGUUUGGACCCGCUCUAGAGACUCAGAAGGGCCCAGCAGGAAACAACCACCGGUGGAGAAUGGAGGAAAAUCAUUGCCCCCUGCACGCCGAGCUGCCUCCUCAAGGGAUGGUCAGAGCAGCAGCUCUGUACAGCUCCCUCCAGAGCAGACAGCAGCACCAGGAACAUUUGGCUCUCUUCAAGGAUCAGAUCCCACCAACUUAUAUGGCUCCUCUCGAGUCCCAGAGGUACCCCCAGGAGAUGCCUUGCAGCACCCACCCUUUGCUGUACAGCCUCCCAUUGGCAUAAGUAACCACCGCGGAACCCGACUCAGUGCUUCUAAAGAGAAGAUGUGUGGGGGCCUGACUCACCUUUCCAGUAUGGGAUCACAUCCCCCCUCCUUGCAGCUUGGGCAGAUGAAUUGUCCCAGUCAAGAUGGAAACAUAUAUCCACCAGCUCCAUUCCAGGCAGGAUUUAUUCCUUCUAGGCAUGGUGGAACAUCAGCCCGACCCCCAGACUUCCCUGAAAGCUCAGAAAUUCCUCCUGGUCAUAUUUAUCAUUCAUAUAAGUACCUGAAUCGAGUACACCCUGCUGUUUGGAAUGGGAACCAUGGUGUUACAAACUCAGGACGUUUGGGGUCAGAUGAGAAGCCUCACCUGGGGCCAGGACCCUCUCACCACCCUCAUACCCUUGGUCAUGUGAUGAGACCACCUCUCCCAUCAAACCAGUGGACUAAACAGUCAAGCUUUCUACCUCAUGGAGUUCCUUCCUCGGGGUAUAUGCAACCACCCUGUAAGUCUGCUGGACAUCGGUUGCAGCCACCUCCAGCUCCAGCACCAAGUCCUCUUUUCGGGGGACCCUCCCAGGCCCUCCGGGGGGUGCAAGGAGGGGAAUCCAUGAUGGACAGCCCUGAAAUGAUCGCCAUGCAACAGCUCUCCUCCCGAGUCUGUACCCCAGGUGUGCCUUACCACCCCCGCCAGCCCACUCCUCCUCAGUUACCUGGUCCUUUUUCACAGGUAACUCAUUCAGCAUCCGUAUGCGUGUCAGCCCCCAAGCCUACUUUAGACAAUCCUGGAAGUACACAGGAUAUCAGUGAAACACAAGAGACUGAGAAUGACCAAGCAGAACCUUUGCCUGGGCCCGAAGAGAAAACAGCAAAUGCUUGUGCUUCAGAGGGGGUAUACCUCAAACAGCUACCUCACCCGACACCUCCCCUGCAAGCCAAUUGUACCAGGCAAAGCUCACCACAAGAAAGGGAAACAGAGGGCCCAGAACUCAAAAGUGAUGAUUCAGAAACUGCAGACAACUAUAAAGCAUCAAAGAGCAAGAACACUUGGCCUUUGGACAAUAGCUACACCAGCCCAACUGUGCCAGGUUGUUUGAGAGACCUCUCCAUUGUGGCAGACAGAGGAACUCUACCUGAAAAUGGGGUUGUUAAUGAAGCAUCUCCUUGUAGGUCAGAGGGGAAGGGCCUUGGUGGCAGUAGUUCAGAAAAACCACUCUGCCCCAGGGGUAAAACACUGCAGGAAACCAUGCCAUGUCCAGGACAGAAUGCAACUACACCUCCUUGCACAGAUCCCAAUUUGAUGACAGGCAGUGUAAAUCAGUUUUCUCCCUUGUACAUGCCUGGCCUAGAAUACUCUAAUUCAGCUGCACAUUACCAUAUGAAUCCAGGUCUGCAAGGCUUGGGCUCUAUGAUGGGAGGAAAGUCCCCAGGAUCACACCCUCAGCCCUUCUCUCCCAGGGGCUUCCAGCCUAACAGUCCCCAUCCUGGACUCUUUCCCCAAUACCGCCCCCAGCAGGGAAUGAGGUAUGCCUACCAGCAGUCUUCUCAAUCCUCCUACCACCCUUAUCAGCGGACUCCUUACUACACAGGUCCACAGGGCUUUCCUGAUUGGCAGAGAUCUCUUCCUUCCCAGAGAAGCCCAAGUGGACCCCAAGGGAGUCACCCUCCACGCCCCCUCUUCUCAGAUAAGAAUGCCUUGUCUACUACUCUGCAAAGCUGUGAGACACUAAAUGCUGCCUUAACUUCUCCAACUCAAAUGGAUGCAGUGGCUGCUAAGGUUGUCCUGUCUGAUGGACAGAAUCCUGGUCCAGAGGAAGAAAAGCUGGAUGAAUCUGUGGAGAGACCAGAGAGUCCCAAAGAAUUUCUAGAUCUGGACAACCAUAAUGCAGCUACCAAGCGGCAGAGCUCACUGUCUACCAAUGAGUAUCUUUAUGGAACUCCACCUCUGAAUUCAGGAAUGACUUUUGGUUCACCUGCUUUCCCACCCCACAGUGUGAUGCUGCAGACAGGGUCUCCGUACACUCCUCAGCGUCCUGCCAGUCAUUUUCAGCCCAGGGCAUACCCAUCCCCUGUGGCUGCCCAUCCACCUCCCCAUUCGGUGGCCACCCAGCCCAAUGGCCUCUCUUCAGAGGGCCCCCUCUAUCGCUGUCAGGAAGAGGGCUUAGGUCACUUUCAGUCUACAGUGAUGGAGCAGACUGGCACUGGAAGCGGAAUAAGAGGCCCUUUCCAAGAAAUGCACAGACCAUCGGGAAUGCACAUGCAUCCAGUCCAGUCACAGUCCUUAUUCCCAAAGACCCCGGCACCUGCAGCGUCACCGGAACAGCUGCCACCACAUAAGCCCCCAACACUUCCUCUGGAUCAGAGCUAGUCCAAGGAGGAAAUAAUCCCCAAGGAAAUGGACAGCUGCACAUGAAGACAUACAGGUCUUGGAGGAUUUGGAGGAAUGAUUGUUGUACACCUCUGUUCUGCCAUCCUCCUCCACCUCUUCUGUGAAGCAUACCAUCCUCAGAGCUUGAACUCCCGGGCUUUAGAUACACACUUUGUAAAUGACUGACACAGGACCCUUGGCUGGGAUCACCUGCAUAGUUGACGUACUUAGCAAGAGCAAGUGUACCUGGAGUCCUUGCUGGCUUCUCCAAAUCUCAAGACUCUUGUUCAGGGAAAAUCACUUUAAACUUGGGUAGAGGGUACAUGUAAGGAUGCAGUGGUGCUUUUAAAUAUUCAUGAGCAGCUAAUCUCAGGUAUAUAUUUGGGGAAGGGACUACUUGUAGUAUUAAUGUUUUUGAGCUGGGGCCAGUUUACAGAAUUUUCUUGUUGCCUCCUUUUUUUUUUUUUUUUUUUUCCGGGUGAAUGUAUUGUAUAUAGAGUGGGACAGUCAGGUGGGCACAUGGAGGAGCUGGGAGUCCUUCCCCCGCUGUAGCACACAGCACUGGGGUAGUUAGUCUCUGUCUGUGUAGUCAGGUCACACUGUAUGCUUGUGGAACUUAGAAAAGAUCUGAAAGGUGUCAGCUUAUGUAUGUCACUAGCUUGUUUCCAGCCAGCCUCAGAGACUGCUUACUGCAUUUGUCCUCCUCAGCAUUCUUUUCUCAGUGGUUGGCAGGUGCUGUCUUGUGGCCUACUGGGUGUUUCAGCCAGAGGACAGACUGCUCUCCCUCUGGCCCAAGUUCUGGAUCUGGGAAAGCAUGUCUCUUCCUGAUUUUCCCACCAACCCCACCAGAUAGUUGUAAACCAGGAACUUGGGCUCUCCAGUUAUUACAAGAUGAAGUGGCUUCUUCAUGGGCCUCUUAGGCCAGUGAUCUAGAAGGCAUCACACGCUUUCUAGCACAAACUGUGUUUUGUGAAAGUGACUACUCAGGUUUGUUAUAUAUGUUAGUCUCAAUAAAGAUAUUGCACAGGUUUGAAUAAGGAAAGUAUAUCCUAUAGAUUUAAAUUUGAAUUUAGGUCUAUUUCAGUAUGUAUAGUUUUUAUUCAUUUUAAGAGAAUCGUAGUACUAUGACUUGAUCACGUUGAUUUAAAGUAGCUGUCAAGGGCUAGUUCUUGGAAAUUAUUUGUUGUGUCUGUGAUAGGAAACAAUUUUACAGUAUUAAAUUACGUUACAAUGGAUUUAGAAGUGAAUUACACUGGAUUCUCUCUGCUUUAGCCUUCUGUAUUUUAUUUUAGCUGAGAUAUCACCAAAGUUAGGACCUAUGUUUAAAAUUUUGAAUACCCCACACAGAAUAAACCAAGGGAAAUGCCCUGGAGUUGCAAGUCUCUUUAAAAGAAUAUAAUUUUACAGUAUGCUUUGGGGUAUGGAGAUCUCUAUGUUUUAUAAAUAUUAAUCUGCCCAGAUUCUUAGAAGUUUAGGUGUGGGUGGAGUCAAUGGAAGAUUUUUCUCAAGUCCCAGCAUUCCCAGUAAAUGUAGAAUAGUCUGCCAAAUAUGUGAGGAGGGAAGGGAAGGAAAUUGGAAACAUCCAAAUUAUAGAGAUGAUUGGACCCUUGAACUUCGCUGAUAGACAUACUGGUUACCAACCUGCUGGUGGUGCUGACCCACACAGUGUCUCCAAGUACAGCACAUACAUACAUGCAGUUUUCUUUCCAACAAGCUUGUUGUAGUUGGUGUUUUACGGUCAACUAUUUCAGAGGCCCAACACCUACACGCUUGAGUUUAGAAUUAGAAGAGUAAAGAAAUCAGAUUCGUUGGAUGGCUCUGGUCUGCUUUUGAGCUAAUAAGAGCCAGCUUGGUCCUACUGCUGCUUCUGUGUCUGCCACUACAGCAGAGGCCUGAAACUUCUUCACUGGGAAUGCUGCAACCAUCAGACCUUUUUCAGGGUGCUAAAACUAGAGGUCACUAAGCUGAGUGCAUCCUCACCUCUUCUUCAUGUUUCUAAAGCAAUGCUGUGAACAAUAUUGGGGAGCAAGGAAUUGGUGAGUUCCUUUAUCCCUUGGUUUAUUAAGAAAUUAAAUAGAAGAUGGAACUACUGUAUUUAUUAAGUUCUAACACUGUGAGAAGAGCCUGUUGUGUCCCUUGUGGGAAUUUGGUAGUUUCUAGUCCUAUAAGUUCCCAACUUGGAGCAGCCAGAACAAUACAAUGCUGCUCUUCUGUGAGCCCAUCACCCUCACCCACUUGAGCCGGACAAGAGCUUUUGUUUCACUUUUCUUCCAGCUCUUCUCUUCUAGGUGUAUUCAGCAGAUGCUAAUAAUCUCAUUUAGAGUCUUCGGUGGAAAAUGCUGAGUCUGCAAGAUGUAAUAAUUAGAAAGUAGUGUGCAAGGGUGUCUUAAAAGGUCCACUCUCGGCCUAGGACUUGUAUCCGUUGGUUACUGUGACCUUGUCAGUAUGCUGACUCUAGUCCCCAGGAGGACAUUGCUGUGCAUAAUUGGAAGCAUUCUUUGAUUUAGUGUUAGACUUAACCUUUAUCAGAUUUAUUCAUAACUUAGAAACCUUAGGAUCUAAAAGAAAUAAAAAAUUCAGAAAGAAAAGUAGAGCCUUUUAGAAGGUUUAUGGAUAGAUAUGUCUCCCCCAACCCCAGCCCUGCGGGAUUUUUUUGUUUGUUUCUUUACUAAUGUACUAUAAUAACUGGUCUGUUACACCUGAAAAGUUAAUCUACCAAGUUAGCAUAGUUCUGGGCUAAUGUUGUGUCUAUAAGAUACAAGGUAGUCACCGUUACUCUAUCUUCAUUCACCAGGAGCCUUAACUAGAGCAGCAGCGUUACUCCAGUUCUCUACAGACAUUUUCAGAUUUUCAGACAUGCAUUCUUUCAUAUUCUCUGUUAGUUUUAGCAAUCUGUUUUUCCAAAGACCUACAUGUGUAGGUACAUCAACUCUAAAAGACACUGUAAGCUAUUUCUCCCUUUUCUUCUUUCUUCAGUUGAGGUUAAUACAACUAGUUGGUAUUCCACCUGGACAGCCGUAACUCAUCCAUGGCUUCACUGAGGCCCUCGUUCACCACCCUCUUCUUGAGCAUCCUCACACUUUUGCUCUGUCUUUAUGGUGUUCAGUUGUUCUAAAGCAUCCUCCAGACUAAUAUUUUUAUUUAGAGCUUUAUUAAUUUCUUUGGUUUUAUUCAAGAGUUCUUGGAGAGGUACUUACACUUGAUCCCUGUAUUUGACAAGGCAUUUGACACCAGCUUCAGGAUUAAAUUUAAUUUUCAAAGUCAUAACCUUUGGAAUUCUCAGCUUCUUUGGGAAUAAGCUUUAAUUUUCUAGCCAGCUUGUGUGGUAUUCUGCCAACUGUACUUCAAUUGUUUCUUUGCCUCUGGCAUAUUGUUAUUCCUCGAUCCAUAUUUGUCGUUGUUUAGCCUUUAGGUCUUUAGAUAAUUUAUUAGUGGUCUGCUACAGUUCAUUUUUUUCAUGUCUUAUUUUCUCAGUGUCUGCAACGGAGGAGUACUUUUGGUUAUCAGCAAUAUUCUGUAGUCAAGCAUUCUCCUUUCUUACUGUUUCCCAUUCUAGUUCUAGUCUACCAAUUUCUUCAUCAGGACCAGUCGAUUUCUGGUCUAGACUGGAUGGAUUAAGCUCAGAUCUGUUCAUGUAUGCUUUAUAUUUGAGCAUCUACUUGCAAGGAAGUUUUCAGUUUCCUCAGUGAUGUCAGAUGAUUUGGUUCUUUAGCUCUUUCUUACUCCAGUCUUGCAAUCAGUUCAUUUAGGCUUUGUUUUCUGCUGCUAAUGAAACCAGGUUGGACGCAUCUACAGCUCCGACUGCAGCUCUGCAUUCUCUUCAAAGCUGUCACCACCAACCAUAAAAGUUCAUAGCAUAUGAUGGUGUAGUCCAAAAACAACUUGAUGCAGUCUAUUAGCCACACCGAGGCUGCCACGGUGUGAGGCCAGGUAUGAGGGUCUCCUACCAUAUACAUGGAAGAAAUUUACCAAAUAUUGAGACUUUUCUUUGAGAUGUAGAUUUGUUUGUACUCGGGUUUCCAAAGGUUGUUCUCUUUUUGGUUUGAGGGGUAUUGAAGUCCAGGGAUCUUAACUCCCAUUAUAGAGACGUAGCAAGCACCACUAGUGAAAACUGAACUGCGCUUCAUGCUGAUACAGCUUCAGAGAUUCAGUCCAUUAUCAUGACAGAGAGCUUGGCAGCAGACAGGAGGGCGUGGUGCUGCAGUAGCUGCUGAGAACCCUACAUCUUGCAGGCAACAAGAAGUUAACCAACCUGUUUCUUUGAAAAAAAAAAAAUUUUGGGAGCUCUUGACUAAAAAGUGUUGAGAUUAGGACUAAAUAUGCAGGGUUCUAAUUCUUGUAACUUUCCAUCUCAUUUUAAAGAGACAACCACUCUGCCUUUCUGAGCCAGACGGGUUUUUGGUCAACUGGUAGCACACCUGACUGUGAACUGCACUUCAGUUCACGCUGAGCCCAGGCCCCAGGCCAGCUGUUCUCAAAAGAUAAACCUCAUGCUAGUGCUUAUAUGAAACUGUCUAUGGAAAACUUUAAGACCUGUAGUCUCCACCCCUCGGCUCAAUAGGAUUGCAACUUUAAAUGUCAAUUUCUCUAGCCUUCCUCUUGACUGCCCAGUUGGUGUUAUUGUCCAAUGGCAUUUGUUUGCUGUAUGAUUGUGUGUGUUAACGUCUCCUGGCAUCAAAAUGCAGCCUUAAACACACAGAUAAUCCCAAUAUAGUUCUCACCAUGUUUGCCACCAACAAGACUUCAAGCCAUAGCACUUGGUCAAACUUUUUCUUUUAAUGAAUGUUCAAAUUUAUAAAUGAUAUGCUGCUCUGAAGCCCUAAUUUGGGGGAGUGGGGGAUGUAGGUCUGUGGUAGAGCACUUGCCUAGCAUGUGCAGGGCCAUAUGUUCAAUCCCCAGAACUACAAAAUAAAACAAACCUAAUGCAGGUCUGGUGGCAUGAAUCUGUAAUCUCAGCUAUUGAAAGGUGGGGCAGGAGGAUCACAAGUUCAAGCUUGCCUAGGCAACUUAAUAAGAUGCUGUCUCAGAAGUGAAAAAGUGGGUUGGGAUAUAGCUCAAUGUUCUUGUGCAGCAUGCACAAGGCCCUAUCUUGAGUCCCUAAUAACACACACACAUUGAAAUUCCAUGGGAAGGCUUAAAAAUCCAAAGUCCUAGACAAGUGUCAAUAUCUUCAGUGUUUCAGAUAACCUUAUUUGGUCUUCUAGAAUUGGUUACUUCUUGGCCCGAUUCCCUGUAUACCUAUAUUUACCUGUUGUGAAGUUUCCUUCUGUAUUCGGAGGGUUUCUGGAAUGUGGGUAGCUCUUGUCAACAACUGUGGCAAAGAUACUUGACGUUUGGGUGCCCCGUGCAGCGGCAUUUCCCCCAUGAAUUUACAACACUGAUUUAGUACAGAUGUGAGCCAAGUGUGGCAGGCAGAAAAGAGAAUGAAAGGCCUGCUUGGUCUAGCUCCAGGCCUUUUAUAGAUCACACACACACCCUAAAUAAAGUACAAAUGUGAUAGACGUGAUUGAGACUUGGUGAGAAGGCCUUAGCCUCAGGACCUGAGGUAGACCCUUCCUGAUGAGAAGAUAGGCUGCGUCCCACACUCACAGACUGACAUCAGCUUUGCUCUUGAUCCCUCUCUGCCUGUUAGUUAAACAUAACUUGGGUGAGGUAGGACAUUGAGCCUUCUACUGUCUAGACUUCAGUUGGCUGCUCUCAUCUCCCCUUGGGGUUCAGUGAGGACAGCUAUAUUGAGUAAUUUAUUGAAAUGCUGCCUCACUCCACCUCAUUCUGCAACCUCUUGGUCCCUUCAUUUUCUAAGCAGGGGCUACUUCUCACUUGACUUGUGGACAGCUCCUGGGGGCCCCCAGCCAUGCUCCUCCAGCCUGCACACAGUAUAAGACAUUCAUCUGCUGUGAAAGUGAAUGCCCUAUGAACUGUCCUGGCCAGUACUGGAAAGGGAAUGGUAUUUAUUUUUAUAUUGUAUAUAUUUUGUCAUGGUCUGCUGGUUUCCUGUUUCAUUGAGAGCGACAAUUACCUCAGUAGUUAGUUUGAUAUUGUGUGUCGGAUAAUUUUUUGAAAGAACUUUUUAAAAAAGCUUUUUUGAUCUUUGGAGAUCUGUAGAUUUAUUUCCAUAUGAACUGGUUAUUUUGUAUAAAGUACAUUGUUAAAUUAGGCUUUGAUGUGUGUGCGCCUGGUGUGUUUUCAUGUGUCACUUUUAUCCUUAGGGCAGACUCCUGUUUUCCCAGCAGUUUUUGAGCUAGGCCACAGUGCUACCACCUGAAAGCAUCCACUUUAAUCUCAAUUAGAUGCCAAGAGUUUUCACAAUGGUGCAACCUUAGAUGCAGUCUAAGUGCUUAGACAGUAAUAAAAUUGGCCUCAGUCUUAGUCAUGGUCCGGAGAAAACCCUUAACAGCUAGUCUGUGGUGCUCACCUUAGGCCUCAGCCCAGCUACAGUACAUGGCUGGUGCUGGUAUCCAAGUGUGCAGAGGACAGAGCUGCAAGCCUAAGGAAAGCUUAAGCUAACCCAAUUUUGGUUUUGGGAGUUUUUUUUGGUUUUUGGUUUUUUUUGUUUGUUUUUGGGGGGGGGGGUUGUUUUUUUUUUUCCCGACAGGUUUCUCUGUAGCUUUGGAGCCUGUCCUGGAACUCACUCUGUAGACCAGGCUGUCCUUGAACUCACAGAAGUCCCCCUGCCUCUGCCUCCGGAUUGCUGGGAUUAAAGACGUGUGCCACCACUCGGCCCAGUUGUUUUUAUUUCUAGUUCCUGGAAAGCAUUUUGGUGAAGUAGCUAGGUUCUUUAAUCAGCUUUAGUCUUAGACCAAAGCUCCUGUUUUUAAUUCUUGCUAGAUUUGUAAGUAAUCCUCAUUUCAUAAAAAUUCAGCCAUAUGGGCUGGAGAGAUGGCUCAAAGGUUAAGGUGCUCUUGCAGAGGUCCUGAGUUCAAUUCCCAGCAACCACAUGGUG